CCAAGCAAAAUAUUAUGCACAAAGAACUGUACCGGUUUUCAUGCGGUUUACUUAUACAUGUGACACAGUACACACCACUCGUAUCAAGUUGACCUAGACCCGUUUGAGAACACGCUGCGCUGUAAUAUUAUUCCAGAAUCCGUUGACAUGAAGUCUGCGAUCAUACUCUACAGGUGUUUGUUCGUUCUGAUAGUACCGCCGCUGACUAUAGUUGUCGUCGCCGUUGAGCCAGCGGAUCACCACCGAGAUCAUCAAACAACAGUACAACACUCUUAAAGUAUUCGCAAUGUCACCGACAAAAGCUUCUGACAAUACUGUAAAUGAUGAUUGUCAAAAAAAUUACAUGGCCCCAGAUGACUGGUGUACAUCAAGCUACGAUUCUUGUACUUUACCGAAACAUAUUCAAGAAGUGGCUUUAAUUCAGUUACGAGAAAAUGAAAGUGUUCGUAAGCAAGCGAUUUCGGCGUUCCGACAGUGGAUAUCAAAAAAUAUGGAUGUUCAAAACGUUAAUACAGAUGAAAAUUUUUUGUUACGAUUCUUGCGUGCUAAAAAAUUUAGUUUACCGAUGGCUCAACAAAUGCUGCUUAAAUAUUUAAAUCUUCGACAAAAAUUUCCAAUGUACUUCAUGGGCCUAGACUGUUUGAUUCCAGCUAUUAGCGAACUUAUUGACUCCGGAUACAUGUUUGUAUCGCCUUUCAGAGAUAGCGACGGUCGGAGAGUUAUUAUUGGUACUGCCAAAGGCUUUGAUCUUCGAAAAUAUAGUAAUAGAGACUUGGGAAUUGUGCAUAUAAUUACGUAUGAGACAUUAUUAAAUGAUGAAGUCAAUCAGGUCGUGGGAUUCACCCACUUUGGUGAUUUUCACUCCAUAACUCCAGCGUAUAUAACUCUAUUCGCUCCAAAUGAAUUCGCCACUCUCAUCAAGUGGGGAGAGCAAUCAAUUCCUAUGAGACAUAAAGCAAUACACUUGUUGAACGUGCCAUCACCGAUCAAGUUUGCUUAUGAUUAUUUCCAAACAAGAAUAAGCCCAAAACUCAAUGCACGAAUGAAGGUAUGCAACCAAUAA